UGACAAGGGAAGAGGAGGAGAUAGAUUCUGUUCAAUGUUAGUCUAAGCAAGGAGCUACGUAUGCCGACUCCUACUCCAAAUAAUUUUCCGAAAUGCAGAAAUGCCAGUGCGGCUGUUGGUUCUGUAGGCCAAACCUGAGUUGAAUCCAAUCAAGCAAUGUGGAGAGACACCCAGAAAGAUUUUCUUUGCGAUACUUCUUCGCCAGUCCUCGAGAAUACAGAGGGUGCCGAAGCAUUGUAUCCAGUUCUGAGAAGGACUUUGCUUGACAAAGAUCUCCCAGCGGUACCCGCAAGUGAGGUUAGCCAGCGUACAGGGUUGGACGGGCAACGGCUAUGGCUCGUGGUCGACCAGAUAGUCUAUGACUGUACCGAUUUCGUUGGAAAACACCCUGGUGGUAGCCAUAUCAUAAGGGAAUUCGGUGGACACGAUUGCACUUGGCAGUGGUGGACCUUCCACACCAAGUCGAUUUACGACCAGUACAUGCCAGCGAUGAGGGUUGGGAAAACGUCAAAUGUGACGAACAAGUAUGAGCAGCCACAAAGGAGGAUCUUCCAGCUGAGAACGAUUGGAGAACAAUGGUAAAUUGUGAGGAAGUUGAGCCGGUCUUCGAAUCCACAACCCGCAACAUUACAUACCAUCCUACAUAUCCUCGUCGUAGCUUCCUGGAGCUGAUCUCAGUUGUCCCAUGAUAUUGACAACGGCGUCAACCACUGUUGCGAGUUGAAGUGGCCUACAUGAUUUCGAAAGCCGCCAUUGUGGCAUCAUUGACAUAUCUCGGAGAUAUGUCACGUUGUAACGGAAACAUAUGGGACGCUUCAGCCGAGACUGUGAACCAUAA